AUGGUCACGAUCACCGACUCUGGCCAUGGCGGCCACCGGUCUUCCAGCUCGACAUCUGGUGCUGCCAUUCUCGCCGCCUUCAUUCCCACCUUUGUGACCGCCGUCAUCUACAUCGCCAUCUUUGCCGCCAUCCGCGACAGAUAUCGCAAAAUCUACGCUCCACGGACAUUCCUAGGCUCGAUACCCGAGAAGGACCGGACGCCAGAACACACCACUGAGUCCAAGUCCUGGGUAGGAGGCUACCGCAAUCUACCAGACCACUUCGUGCUACAGCACAACUCUCUGGACGCCUGGCUCUUCUUACGCUUUCUGAAAUUCAUCAUCGGGAUAUGCCUAUUAGGUUGCAUCCUUACCUUUCCCAUCCUGCUGCCAGCCAACAUUACUGGAGGCGGGACAGCGACUCAGCUCGACAGAUUGAGCUUCAGCAACAUCGACAGCAGGAACGUUCUUUGGGCGCACGUGCUCGUCGCAUGGGUGUUCUUUUCUGCCAUCAUCCUCCUUAUAGCGAGAGAACGGCUGCGCUUGAUCGGGAUUAGACAGGCGUAUCUUCUCGACACGAAACGGUCAGCACGCCUCUCUUCGCGGACGGUGUUGUUCCUCAAUGCGCCUCCGGAGGCUUGCCAGUCGGAGAACCUGGAGCAGUACUUUGGAUCUGAAGCUGAGAGGUCUUGGCCUGUGAGAGAUGCAGGUGAUCUUGAGGACCUUGUUGCGAGACGUAGCGGCACCGCCUUUGCGCUGGAAAACGCCGAGGUCGACCUCAUCAAGCAUGCCGUGAAGCGGCACAAGAAGGAAGGCCGGCUCAUCAACGGUAAUGGCGCUGCGAACCUCGAAGACGGACAGCCACUGGUCCCGAACGGUGAGAGGCCGAAGCAAAGGAAGCCUCCAGUCGUGGGCUCAAAAUUCGAUCCAAUUGACCGCGCCCGCAAGAUGAUCGGAGAGCUGGCUGAGAAGAUCGAUUCACAUCGUGCCUCUCCAAGUCGAAACGUCCCGGAGCAUUCGGCCAUCUUUGUCGCUUUCUCGGACCAGUCUGCUGCGCAUCGGGCAUACCAGCAGAUCACCUUCCCUACCCCGAUGCCAAUGGAGGAUCGUUUCCUGUCCAUCCAACCAAAAGAGGUGCUGUGGCACAACCUGGCCAUGCCGCUGUCGAAACGACUAUCCAAAGCCUCCACUGCGCUGGCGUUUGUGAUCGCUUUCACCAUCUUCUUCUCCAUCCCGGUUGGCAUUAUUGGUACUAUCAGUAAUGCCAAGUACCUGGCUGAAAAUGUGAAGUGGCUGCGCUGGUUGGAUGACCUUCCACCGGUCCUUCUCGGUCUGCUGACUGGUCUUGUUCCUCCGUAUCUGACCAGCUGGUUCGUCUCGUACGUACCAAAACUCUUUCGACACGUCGCGAAGCUUUCUGGAGAGCCGACUACCACGCAAGCCGAGCUGAAGACACAAGCGUGGUACUUUGUCUUCCAGGUGUUUCAAGUGUUCCUUGUCACCACCUUUUCGUCAGGAGCAGCAGCAGUAUUCGCAAAGAUUGCGGAGGAUCCUCAAGACGCGCCCAAGCUGUUGGCCAGCAGCUUGCCGAAAGCCUCGAACUUCUACCUCACUUACUUCAUCCUUCAAGGCACCUCGAGUGCCGCCGACACUGUGCUCAACUACUCCGACCUUUUCGAGUGGCUGUUUAACGAGAAGUUCAUGGACAAGACUCCGAGGCAGCAUUACAGCACCUUUUCCAAGAUGAAGGGCACACCUUGGGCAAGCUGGUACCCGAAGUUCACCAACUUCCUGGUUAUUUCGAUCGUCUACGCCUGUGUUGCUCCGCUGGUGCUUGGAUUCGCCACUGCCGGCUUGUUCAUAUACUACCUCGCCUACCGUUACCAGCUGCUGUUUGUCUGCCAGACCAAGGUCGACACUCAAGGCGAGGCAUACAAGCGUGCUCUGCAGCAGAUGCCGACCGGUCUCUAUCUUGCAGAGCUUUGCUUGAUCGGACUCUUCGGCGCAAAGAAGGCCGCGAUACAGACGACGUUGAUGGUGGUCUUGCUCAUCCUUACCGCUGUCACCAAUCUCGUGCUCGACCGCACGCUCCGUCCACUGGAGCUUUACCUAGGCGUGGACGUCUGGCAAGCGCAAGAGGUGCCGCUGCUGGCCCGCGAAGAUAACAUCUCCAUCAGCGAUGCAGCAGCCCUGCACGCCUCUUCUCACGCGCGAAGGCUCGGGCUCAAAAAGCUUCCACACCCAGCGCCCAGGGUGUUGUCCGAUUUCUUCGACGGCAUCAUCUCGAGCGCGCGGAUGCAGGUCGAGGGCUGGCUGGACGAGACUACGUUUGAUGACGACGAGUCCGCGCCGCUCAAGGAAGAGGACAUCGAAAAGGCGUAUCUGUCGCCGGCGUUUACAUCCAAGACUCCGAAGCUGUGGAUUCCGAGGGACAAGCUGGGAGUGUCGAAGGAGGAGACCCAGCAGAAUGCAGAUGCGGGCUUGGUUACUACGGACGAGGCGGCGGAGAUUGAUGAAGAAGGGAAAUUGCAUUGGGAUCAUAGGUUUGAGAAUGUACCGAUCUGGAGCAAGGCAAAGGUUAUUUGA